AUGUCCCUUUUAGCUCUUAUGGAGACCAUUGAUAAAACAAAUGGUCAGACGGCUUCAUUUGCCCUGCAAUUCAAAGAUGGAGCAAACAAAGCGUUAACACUGACCGGAGAUGGUAAAGGAAAGCCUGUCGAAGCCAAGGUAAUAGAAGGUGCAGAAGAAUCCAUCUUUGAGCCUGAAUACUUCUGGAGCUAUACGAUGUUCAAACAACGUGGCAGUGGCUUCUAUCUGGGAUGUGAUGAUUCUGGAACUCUGACUUUGGUUGAAAAUUGGAAUCUUGAGUAUCCGAAUCCUCAAGCUCUUUUUAUUGUUAACAAACCUAAUAAGUCCACCUGAGAUGGCCAAAGAUUCAUUGACUUUUGCUUAUUAAUACUUUGCUUUUUCAAAUUUCUGCAUUUGAGUCAAUAAAGUCUUAACAGGUGUAUUAG